AUGAAUUUCUUUCUCGGAUUACAAGUAAAGCAAACCAAGGAAGGCAUAUUGAUCAAUCAAUCAAAGUAUGCUAAGAAACUGAUCAACAAGUUCGAUGUUCAACAUAUGAAGAGCGUGAAGAUUCUUAUGAACACUAACUGGAAACUUGAUCCAAAAAAGGUUGGAAAAUCAGUUUCCUCAACAAAGUACAGAGAGAUCAUUGGAUCACUAUUGUAUCUGACUGCAAGCAGACCAGACAUAACUUUUGCAGUUGGAGUUUGUGCGAGAUAUCAAUCAGAUCAUAAAGAAGCUCACAUGGACGUAGCAAAACGCAUUCUAAGAUAUAUCAAAGGCACAUCCAAUGUAGGCCUUUGGUAUCCAGCCGACGACGACUUCAAGUUGACAGGGUACACUGAUUCAAAUUUUGCUAGAUGCGCCAUUGAUAGGAAAUCAACUUCCGGUACUUGCCAAUUCCUUGGAAGUAAGCUUAUCUCGUGGUUUUCAAAGAAGCAGACAUCAGCCGCCACAUCCACAACUGAAGCUGAAUAUAUGGCCGCUGGAAGCUGCUACUCACAAAUUCUAUGGCUAGUCCAAGAAUUGAAGGACUAUAGGAUCGAAGAAAGUAAAGUUCCUAUAUACUGUGAUAGCUCCAGCGCCAUUGCAAUCUCACAAAACCAUGUUCACCACACCAGAAUCAAGCACGUCUCUAUACGCCAUCACUUCAUCCGUGAUCAUGUUGAAAAGAAAGACAUUUCAAUUGAGAAGAUCCACACAAGCAUUCAACGAGCAGAUCUGCUAACAUGCACUCCCUGA